AUGGUUAAUGUUUUUACACUUCGUUCUCAUUAUCCUCGUUAUGAAUCGUAUCGUUCACAAUGUUUACCUUUACAAUUAAAAACUUUCAAUUCAUUGAAUUCUAAACAAAAUCAACUAUAUCAGAUAGUUAACAAUUUUUCUUCUUCAAAAUUUGAUAAUUCUAAAAUACAAAUAUUAUUCAAAAGCAAUCAAAGACAUUCUUACUCGCUCUUAUUUACUACAUAUAUACAUGAUUAUCGACCAUGGUCACACGCAAAAAAAAACCUAUCGCGAAAGCAAAGCUUUGUGACAUAUGAUAAAGUAGCUGAAUCUAGUGUACCAGAAUUAGCUGCAUUGCCUAUAACAUCAAAACGAUAUUCAUUAUCGAAUGUAACAUUACCUAUACCAAUACGAUGUUGUUGUAGACAUUCAAAACAAUGGCGAGAUCAAUGUUUAACGCAAACACAAAUUAACUAUUGGAAAAAUUUAUCUUGUUGUGUUGUUAUACAUGAACAAGAAAUUAAUAGAUGCAACUAA